GCUGGGAGGAGCGGGCAGGCUGGUGGGCUGGUCGGGCGGCAAGCGGCCGGGAGCGCGCGGUGGACUCGGCGGCGGCGAGUAGUUAGUUAGUUGUUGUUAGUCAGUGUCAGUUGCUCGGAGGCGACGGUCGCGAUCACCAGGAAGGGGACGGGACAGGCGGCAAUGGUGGUCACCGCAGCGGCGUGUGCGACCCUCAGGUAUCUGCCUAAACUGGAGCUGAUGCUGUAGACAUUUCUUUGUGGUUUCUCUAAAAUCCUAAGGUCUACCUCUUCUGGACGGUUCAUCUUAACUGUAUCAUGCCUGCCUGAGAAGCUGUCCUGGGAGUGGGCUCAGGGUCUUUUGAGCAGGAAGUCCUGGGUUUCCAGGAAAAGAAUAUUUGAGGUUCAUUCAUAAAGAAAGAAAAGAAAGCAAGGACAUAAUGCCUAGAAUUGGAGCCAGUUAAACUAGUAAGAAUAUAAGUUAAGUAAUGAGAGGCAAGAAAGAAAGGAGAAUCAUCUUGGAAAGAUCACAAGCACUUUGAAAUUUUGAAGGAAUGUAAUACUAGCUGCUAAAAUCACCAGAAUGGAUGAAGUUCUUCAAAUUUAAAUGAUUGAUUAUACUUAGAAGAGCUGCUGUAAUAACAUAGGGGAGGUGAAAACUAACAGAUGAAAGUUUUGCCAUGCACUGAAAGAAAAGCAUUGUCUGUGAAGUUCUAUUUUUAAAAAUGUCUGCUUGUAACACCUUCACUGAACACGUUUGGAAGCCUGGUGAAUGCAAGAAUUGCUUUAAACCUAAAAGCUUACACCAACUCCCUCCAGACUCUGAGAAGGCAUCCACCACCCAUGGCAAUGUGAAAACUAGUGCCAAUCACAGUAAUAACCACCGUGUCAGGAACACCGGAAAUUUCCGGCCUCCUGUGGCUAAAAAACCCACUAUAGCUGUGAAGCCCACUAUGAUGGUGGCAGAUGGGCAAAGUGUAUGUGCUGAGCUUAGCAUCCAAGAACAAUGUGAGAACAAACCUGUCAUUGUAGGGUGGAACCGAAACAGGACUGCCUUGAGUCAGAAACCACUUAACAAUAAUAAUGAAGAUGAUAUUGAAGGAUUUAGCCAUGUUCCUAAGCCUUAUGGCAACAAUGAUAGUGCAAAGAAGAUAUCAAAUAACAAUAAUGGGCUAACUGAAGUGUUAAAAGAGAUAGCAGGUUUGGACACCAACCCUCAGAUAAAAGGAAAUGAAACAAACUCCAGAGAAACAUUCUUAGGAAGAAUAAAUGAUUGCUACAAACGAUCAUUGGAAAGAAAGCUUCCUCCAAGUUGCAUGAUUGGUGGCAUCAAGGACACUCAGGGCAAACAUGUUAGUUUGAGUGGGAGCACAGAAGUAAUCAGUAAUGAAGGGGGACGGUUCUGCUACCCAGAGUUCUCUAGUGGUGAGGAGAGUGAGGAAGAUGUACUUUUUAGUAACUUGGAAGAAGAACAUGAGAGCUGGGAUGAGAGUGAUGAAGAGCUACUGGCCAUGGAGAUUCGCAUGAGGGGUCAACCUCGCUUUGCUAACUUUAGAGCAAACACUUUGUCUCCUGUUCGAUUCUUUGUGGACAAAAAAUGGAAUACCAUCCCCCUUCGAAAUAAGUCACUCCAGAGAAUCUGUGCUGUAGACUAUGAUGACAGCUAUGAUGAAAUCCUGAACGGUUAUGAAGACAAUUCUGUGGUUUCCUAUGGACAAGGAAGCAUUCAGAGCAUGGUGUCAUCUGACUCCACAUCACCAGAUUCUUCUUUAACAGAAGAAUCACAUUCUGAGACAGCCAGUAGUUUAUCCCAGAAGAUUUGUAAUGGGGGGAUGUCUCCUAAUAACCCAGGAGAGUCUAAGGACAUGAAGGAAAUUGAACCCAAUAAUGAAAGCCUUCCUGGUAAUAAUCUGGAGAAGGAAUCAUUACAAGCUUCCAAAAGCCCAGUUAAAGUUCCAGAGACACACAAAGCAGUCCUUGCUCUCCGAUUAGAAGAGAAGGAUGGCAAGAUUGCUGUGCAAACUGAGAAGCAAGAAAAUAAAGCCUCUACAGAUAUUGCUGGACAAGCAGUAACCAUAAACCUCGUCCCUGUAGAGGAGCAAGCAAAGCCCUACCGAGUUGUAAAUCUGGAACAGCCAUUGUGCAAGCCAUAUACUGUCGUGGAUGUGUCAGCAGCCAUGGCCAGUGAGCACCUUGAGGGCCCUGUUAAUAGCCCCAAGACAAAAAUCUCAUCUUCUACUCCAAACUCCCCAGUAUCUUCACCUGCAUUGACACCAGGACAGAUAAAUGCCCAUUUCCAAAAAUCCAGUGCAAUCCGAUACCAGGAAGUGUGGACUUCCAGCACCAGUCCACGACAAAAGAUCCCUAAAGUGGAAUUAAUUACUGGUGGAACUGGACCAAAUAUCCUGCCAAGGAAAAAUUGUCACAAAUCCGCACCUACUUCACCCACAGCUACAAACAUUUCCUCUAAAACCAUCCCUGUUAAGUCACCUAAUUUGUCUGAAAUAAAAUUUAAUAGUUACAACAAUGCUGGUAUGCCACCUUUUCCAAUUAUCAUUCAUGAUGAACCAACGUAUGCUCGGAGUUCCAAAAAUGCUAUUAAAGUUCCCAUUGUUAUUAAUCCAAAUGCAUAUGACAAUCUAGCCAUCUACAAAAGUUUUUUGGGAACAAGUGGAGAACUCUCAGUGAAGGAAAAAACCACAAGUGUAAUAAGCCAUACUUAUGAAGAAAUAGAAAGUGAAAACAAAGUGUCUGAUGCCACUAGCAAACCCACUGAAUGUCCCCAAGCCAAAGGGUUUUCAAACAGCACAGAGCGUAAAAGGGGCUCCGUGGCUCAGAAGGUUCAGGAGUUUAACAACUGUCUCAACAGAGGUCAGUCUUCCCCACAGAGAAGUUAUAGUUCCAGUCACAGCUCCCCAGCAAAAAUCCAGAGAACCACUCAAGAGCCUGUGGCCAAAACAGAAGGCACACAGGAGCCUCAACUUGUGGACAACAGUGGCAGCAGCAGGGAGAAAGCAAGCAUAGUGCUUUCUCAGAUUGUGGCUGCUAUCCAGCCCCCCCAGUCUCCUCCAGAAACACCUCAGUCUGGCCCUAAGGCCUGCAGUGUGGAAGAGCUUUAUGCCAUUCCUCCAGAUGCUGAUGCUGUGAAGAGUCCACCUAAGGGUACACCAGUUCGACCCAAGUCACUCUUCACAUCUCAACUUAGUGGUGAGGCUGAAGCACCUUCAGCCACAGAAAGUCCUACCAAUAAAGUACAGAAAGACCCAUUCUCAAAGCCAGUUGCCUCCCCUCCUUCCAAAUUAGUGAGCAACCCCCAAAGUGAGCCACCACCUCCCUUUCCCCCGCCUCGCUCUACUUCUUCCCCUUACCAUGCAAGUAACCUUUUACAGAGGCAUUUUACCAACUGGGCCAAACCAACCAGCCCUACCAGAUCAACGGAAGCUGAAUCAGUUUUGCACUCUGAAGGCAGCAGGCGGGCAGCUGAUGCAAAGCCUAAACGUUGGAUCUCAUUUAAAAGCUUCUUCCGCCGUAGGAAAACAGAUGAGGAAGAUGACAAAGAGAAAGAACGAGAGAAAGGGAAACUGGUGGGCCUGGAUGGCACAGUCAUCCACAUGCUGCCUCCUCCUCCAGUUCAGCGCCAUCACUGGUUCACAGAGGCAAAAGGAGAGUCCAGUGAGAAGCCAGCCAUUGUCUUCAUGUAUAGAUGUGACCCUGCCCAGGACCAGCUCAAUGUGGAUCAGAGUAAAGCCAGGGCUGACCAGGCAGCAAUCACCGAAAAGGGUAGAACAGAGGAUGCAUUACUGCGGGACUCAGAAAAGAAGAGUAGUCAUUCUUCUCCAUCACAGAUUCCUGAGAAAGUUCACAGGUAUGUAAUCUUUUUAUGCCCCUGUAGUGCAACAUACAGCAACUUAGGGCAAUCUAGAGCAGCCAUGAUACCUCCCAAGCAUCCUCGGCAGCCCAAGGGAGCUUUGGAUGAUGCCAUUUCCUUUGGAGGGAAAACAGACCGAGAAGCACCAAAUGCUUCCCAACCCACACCACCCCCACUGCCAAAGAAAAUGAUCAUAAGAGCUAAUACAGAGCCAAUCUCUAAAGAUAUCCAGAAAUCCAUGGAAAGUAGUCUUUGUGUCAUGGCCAAUCCCACCUAUGAUAUUGACCCCAACUGGGAUGCUAGCAGUGCUGGUUCUUCCAUCAGCUAUGAACUCAAAGGACUGGACAUUGAGUCUUAUGACUCCUUGGAGAGGCCUCUGCACAGGGAGCGACCUGUCCCUUCCGCAGCAAACAGCAUUUCCAGCUUAACCACUCUCAGUAUUAAGGACAGAUUUUCCAACAGCAUGGAGUCCCUGUCCAGCCGACGUGGUCCCUCUUGCAGACAGAGUCGAGGCAUGCAGAAGCCACAGAGACAAGCACUUUAUCGAGGACUUGAAAAUCGGGAGGAAGUAGUGGGUAAAAUUCGAAGCCUUCAUACAGAUGCCUUGAAGAAACUGGCUAUUAAAUGUGAAGACCUCUUUAUGGCUGGACAGAAAGACCAGCUCCGUUUUGGGGUGGACAGCUGGUCAGACUUUAGGCUAACCAGUGACAAGCCAUGUUGUGAAGCAGGCGAUGCAGUUUAUUACACUGCCUCCUAUGCAAAAGAUCCACUUAGUAACUAUGCAGUUAAGAUCUGUAAGAGCAAAGCUAAAGAAUCUCAGCAGUAUUAUCAUAGCUUGGCUGUCCGGCAGAGUCUGGCUGUUCAUUUUAAUAUCCAGCAGGACUGUGGUCAUUUCCUUGCUGAAGUCCCUAAUCGUCUGCUUCCCUGGGAGGAUCCUGAUGUCCCUGAAAAGGCAGAGGAUGAAUUGGAAGACAGCGAAGAAGAAGUGAAGGGAGAAACUAAUGGAAAAAACACAGAGGCCUGCUCUGAAACAGAGUCAUCUCAGAAAGACAGCCAGGGAGUCACAAACAGGAAGCAGAGAAGCCAUGUUGUGGUCAUCACCAGAGAGGUUCCCCAUCUCACUGUGGCCGAUUUUGUGAGAGAUUCUCUGGCCCAUCAUGGGAAAAGCCCUGACUUGUAUGAGAGGCAAGUGUGUCUGCUGCUCUUACAGCUGUGCUGUGGCCUUGAGCACCUCAAGCCCUACCAUGUCACUCACUGCGACCUACGCCUAGAGAACCUACUGCUUGUCCACCACCAGCCUGGCGGAGCCACCCAGAGCCUUGGACCUGCAGAGCCCAGCCCCACCUCAUCUUGUCCCAUGAGGCUUAUUGUGAGCAACUUCUCUCAGGCCAAGCAGAAGAGCCAUCUGGUGGACCCUGAGAUCCUCCGGGACCAGUCCCGCCUUGCCCCCGAGAUUAUAACAGCCACCCAGUAUAAAAAGUGUGAUGAGUUCCAGACAGGCAUCCUCAUCUAUGAGAUGCUGCACCUGCCCAACCCCUUUGAUGAGAACCCAGAGCUGAAGGAGAGGGAGUACACCCACGCAGACCUGCCUCGCAUCCCUCUCCGCUCCCCCUACUCCCGGGGCCUGCAGCAGCUGGCCAGCUGCCUCCUGAAUCCCAACCCUUCUGAGCGCAUCCUCAUUUCCGACGCGAAAGGCAUCCUCCAGUGUCUGCUCUGGGGCCCCCGCGAAGAUCUCUUCCAGACAUUCACUGCCUCUCCAAGCCUAGCACAGAGGAACACCCUGCUCCAAAACUGGCUGGACAUCAAGCGAACGCUGCUGAUGAUCAAGUUUGCUGAGAAGGCCCUGGAUAGGGAGGCAGGGAUCAGCCUUGAGGACUGGCUUUGUGCUCAGUAUCUGGCCUUUGCUACUACAGACUCCCUCAGUUGUAUUGUGAAAAUCCUGCAACACCGUUAAUGUGGCCUGGAUGCUGCUUUUACUACAUUUCCGUGUUCUUCAUGAUUCCCUCUGUGCUGCCCCAUUAUACAGUUCAAAGAAAACAGAGAGACAAACCUUCCAUCCCUGUCCAUAAACAGAUGGGUCUAUCAGAAGGCUAUCACAACUCCAGAUCAAGUGACAAGCGGGGUCUGUUUUCACUUUGCAAAAUUCAACUGCACAAACAUGCAGUUUCCUUCCCUUGGAACAUCUUUCAUCCUAGUAGUCCCCCAAAUGCAGGUAAAAAAUGAAAAUGCACCUCUUUGAAGGGACAACUCCUGUGGUGUGAACUCAAUGAACUGUGGCCAGCUCCUCCAUAAUUCUGAAGAUCACCUGUCUUUCUAUAAACAAGUAUUUAUUCUUACUAGCAAUAGUCAGAUGUAACCAACCUCUGCCAUCAUCCCGUAAAUCUCACAACAGACUCCUUCUUCCUUUAGGUUAUCAAUAACUGAGCCUUUGCCAGGCAGACUUGCAUCCUUAGCAUGAAUCCAGUUUUGGUUACCAGGGACUAUAUCUUUGUUCCAGCAGACAGUAGAAAGAAAAAGAGCAAUCCCUACACUUUAGGUCACAGACCCAUUUUCAUUCCUAUUAUCAAUAAGUGUGUGCACUGCACGGAGGACAGCUCUAAUAGCCUCCUUUCUGCUGCCACUGCCUGGUUCUCCUUCACCUCUGCUCAGUCCCCACUUGUCGAUGAAGUUGGUGUUUAUCAGCCACUUGCAGCCCAUUACAGGGCUGACCCAAGGUGGUGUCACCAGUGCCUCAGCAGGGUGGAGCACAGUUCAGAGCUUAUAAAUAGCUGGCAGGACAUGAGGAGAUGAUUUUCUUGCAUGUGCAAUUCUCUAGGGGCCACCAGGGAACAGAGUUUAAAGUACUAUUCUUUGAUUACUGUCAGAGCUGUCAGCGUUGGCAGCCAGGGCUGGCAGUGUCUGAUCAGAGUUUUCCCCCAAGCAGUAAUUGGCCGGCUUCCUUCUAUCAGUAGCCAGUGUUAACUAGUCGACCAAAUGCUAUAGACAACAGCCCUGAAUGAAACGGCUGUCAGCUUAGCUCUAAGAUCUGCUUAGAUGGCACUGUGAAGCUGGCUACUUGGAUAGCCAGAAGGCAGGGGACAGGGAGAAGGCCACUGAUGAGAUACUGACCCUACCAGAGAGACCUCCUUCUGGUGUAAGUGGCACAUUGCUCCUAGGACUCUCAAAUGGCUCUGGAGGACAGCUCACAUGAAGGCUGACUGCUGAGGCUGUGGCUGAUAGCAGCUGGGCUCGCUGCCGGCCAUGCUCCUCUCCCGUGGAUGUAUGUGCAAUCUUUGUAUCUAUUUUUUAGCUGUAUAUUACAUUGUCUAUGUUGCAACCUCACCUGAAGCGAGAUCUACAGAAACCUUCCCCUUCUUCCCUCAGACAUAUUUGCGCUAAGACAAGUGUUCCUUUCACCUGAGUGUGUGUGCGUGUGUGUGCUUGUUGUAUACAGAACUGUGAGUAUUUGUUUACUUCAACCUUGAAAUCCCAAGAGUCACUCGAAUGGCAUGAGUGUGUGUACAAGUGUGUGCUUCUGUGUGUGUGCACACACAUGCUGGAAAUAGAAGACAGGCCAGCCUGUGCGGCAGAGUUGAUAGUAGUGUUCUCUGCACCUAGGUGGCAAUGAAGCCUGGGGCCCUUAUCCACCAGCACAGAGUUUUCUUAAAGCCGAGACUGAUUGUGCAGUAUUACUUAGAUGGCAUAUUAGUGGCCUUGGAAAUUGCUAAACUUUAAACAUUUGUAAUAGCCUUUCAAGUGAUUCACCUGUAUCAAAGAGGAUCAAGAAAGGAGAAGAAUGUAUUUUAUUGUGUUUUUUUUUUUUUAAGAGAAUGACAUGUGAGGCUCCACGUGAGGAUGUCCUUGUCCUCCCAGCCAGUAGUACAGGACUCCCAGGAAAGAGGCUGGUGGGCCCACAGAAGAGUCUUGCCUAGGAAUGUCCAUGGAGUGGGCAUGCCGCUGCAGGCCAGCAGUCCACUCCCUCAGUGUCCUGUGGCAUGGCUGCACCUUGCCUGGCAGGCUGGUGUUUGGUUCCUCUUAGCAUAGCUCAUGUGCACAUAACUCCUUGCCUAAUUAUGCACUGAACUGGCAGCACAGACCACUGCCCAUGUCAGCCAGCGCAUUCCUGCAACCCGCCCCCUCCCCAACAGUUUGCAAAUUGAGACAUACUUUCUCAAUGUCACUCUCCUGGUGCCUUGCCCAUGUAAAUUUGAAUGUUGACUAUUUAAUGAGGUUACAUAUUUAAUGUUCCCUGGUCCCUCUGUUUGUUCUGUCUCUGGGUAUCUUCCCCCACCACCACCACUCUGUUAUGACUGUGUUCAGCCUUCUCUUUCAUUCCACAGUAGAACAAGCACGGACACCUCACUACCACGGUCUUAGAGCACUGGGACUGAGCACCUCUUCAUACUGCACAUAGUUAGUACUAUUUCUACAUCCAUGUUUGUGAAGGGCAAAAGAGGAAUGCCAGCUAGUCAGAGAAGGGCCUCAGGCUUCCCAGAGACAGGUGGCUACAUUAAUUUUCUCUGGGUGAUGGCCAAAGAAUGUGAGGGGGAGGGAAAGAGGGUGUUACAGGUCAGAACAGAAUAGAGAAAAGAACUGCAUUUCUAGGUAAGCUGUACAGCAGAUGGUCCUCAGAAUAUUUUUCUGAAAUAAUUAAAUUCAGUCAUUCUAACAUUAUCAUAAAUAUUUUACAUUUUCAUUUUAAUUGUGGUAGGAACUUUUAAUUAAUUCAUCCACUGAAAAGAAAUCCUACCCUCUGUAGAACCAACUACACACACACAUUUAAUAUAUAUAUAAUAUAUUACAUAUUAUAUAACAUAUAAUAUAUAUUAUAUAUAUAUAUGACUUUUGGAUUGUGACUAGUAUAGCACUUUAAGUUUUCUCAAGUAACAUCAAGUUAUUGUCUUCAAAAUUGAUUGGAAAUAUUUUUCUUUUCUAUUGAAGUCUUUAGUAUAGAUCCUUCUGUCUAUGUUGAGAGUUUGAACAAUUAAGCCCACAUUGGAAUUUUUUCUUAAGCCACAUGAGCAUGAACAAUCUCUGACACAUUUGGGUGCUAGAGAGAGAGGCCAGUGGCUAGAGCAACCAAGAGCAAGAAUGAAUGUAUCUCAGAGUGCCUUGCUGGAGUGGUAACCUUGUCUUGAAAGGAAGAGGGUACAGGGUGUUCCACAGAAAGAGUGAGGACUGUGCCCAUGGAGGAGAGUCCUUUUGAUAUGUGCACACUAAUGUGAAGCACAGAAGCUAAUCAGGAAGAAUGACAGCAGGAUGAGAAAAAGAGCAAUUAUGACCUAUAGAUCGACAAUAUGAGAAUCACAAAUGAGGUCCACCAACCCUAAGGCUGAGUUAGGACUGGAAGCCAGCAGCAUAGCAGUGAGUUUUGGGAUUUGCCCUCAGAAGGUGGACUGGGUGAAUGGAGGGGCACAAACAUCCCUCCUACCUAACUACUGAGGUUCAUGGACGGAAAAGAAACACACCAGGGUUUAGAGUCAGAGCAUUUCCAUUGCCAGAUUAGGCCCGUCUACUUCCAAAUGCAAUAAAUACAUCUGUGAACACAGAAAUCUCUAAGCCAAGAAGUCUCAACCUGAGGAAUGUUAAUGAUAUUUCUGGGAACUACCAAAAAUUGUUUUUUAGAUUCUCUAAUAUUAUAAAAUUCAUGAGAGACCUUUGGGGCCCACUAAAUAGUAGGGCCUAACAUUAUCAUAAAUAUUUUUGAUAAUAUUUAUCACCCUGCUCUCCAAAGUUGAGCUGUAACUACUUUGGAACUGGGAAGUAACCUGACGUUUAAUUUUGCCGGUAACAUGCAAUUAGGAUUCUCCCCUGCCCUUUAUCAGCAGUAAUCUGGAAAAAAAAUACAGACUAGUCCUAGAAAUUUGGAUGGAUUUAGGAUCCCACACUGUUAUUUCCAGUGAUUUAGAUGUAUAAGCAUGAACAUACUUGGAGAGGGGACAAGCGGAACUUGACUCCCUGGGCCAACACUGGCAUUGCUUUUCAUCCCCUCACUAGUGGAUAAGGAUUGAAGAUUCUGCCCGGUUGAAACAGUGAACAGAAUGGCUACCUGCAAAACUGGUUAUUGGAUUUACCUCGUUGGAGCUCAUAUACUCAAAGGCCCAUAGCUCUGUGCUGAGACAAACCCAAGAGCUGCUCUUACUGGAGAGUGCACUGAAGUCCAGCUGUCCGUGCUCACAGCAACACCGCAGGUGGGGACUCCAUGGACCAAAAACGAUGCCCUGGGGAAGUCAGAAGAGGCGCAAUACAAGAUCCUAGACAGAUUAUACCAAAGAAAUCAAGCUUUUUUAUCUCAAUGCUUCUCCAAUGAGGAGGCUGAGGUUGACAGAUGGCAGGGGAGGGAAAUUCACACACAUUCCAUGUUAGGGUAUUCAGCUGAUAAAUCCAUCCUUUAAAAAGCACCUAUUUUUUUUAAGCAGUCCAUUUUGUAUAUUAGAAGAAGAUGAUGAUGAAGAUGGUAGAAUCCUGGAGCAGACAGUGAAGUCCCUGGUAUCUAGGGAGAAGUUCUUUCAGCCCUGUAGCACGGCUGUGGCUGUUGUCCAGACCUCAGUGUGAGAACUUCAUAUAAUGCUGAGAGCUGAAGUUUAGGGGUUUGGGGGGUUGUUUGUUUGUUUAAAGAGAGUAUAGUUUCAAUAGGUUUAAGAACUCUUGAGAAAUUUCUUAACAUAUUGUACCAUUUUUAUAAACCUUCCUGCAGAGGUGUUUACCAUUCAGCAUCACCAUCAUUUAGUAUUUAUAAGUGCCCAGACUGUACAAGGUGCUAUACAGCUGUUACACACUCCCUCUCUGCAGCUGUUUGAAAUUAGAAUAGAUGUUGCAUCAGCCACUGCUGGAAGCUUUGCCCGCCUAGGUGGGCUGCAGGGGCCUGCAUUCCAACAGCCCUCCCACUCUUCCGCGCUGAGAGCCUCCUAGUCCCUUCCUGCUCACCUCACCCAUCCCACCCGCCCCCAUGGAUUUUUUUAAUCAAGGAAGUUUCAGGGAAUCAAAAGAAAUCAGAAAAUUUUUUAACCUAGCAGAACUACAGAGCUAUAUAUUUUGCUAUGAAUAUUAUUGUAGUACAGAAAAUCCCCUUUGCCGUUAGUGUGUGCUAGCGUGUGUGCGCACUCUGGAUAACUUGAAUGUUGGACCAGCCCUGUGGCUUCAGGGUUGCUUUGCUGAAAGGUGAAACCACACUGCACCAGGAAGCCUGCUCAGAUACUACCUGGUUAUCCCUUCCCUACCAGUUCUCUAGAGGAUUGUGUGUGAAUACACUGGGCUGGGAUUUUCUGUUGAUGUGCAGGGCAUUUUGGCAUGAGAUGAAGGCAGAAGCAAGAUAUCAUCCAUCUCACUGAUUUGAAUCAUGCCAGUCCUCAUUCCGAUCUCCCUUUAAUUCUCCAUGGCGUUGCCGACACUCUAUAUUUGAAAAUCCUGUUUCUUUUUGUAGAGCUUAAUCUUCCUACUUUCAUAUUUUAGAGUUGUAUUAAUCAUAACAGGUCCCCUUGGCCAGGCGCCAACCUUUGGUUUGCUGUGGUACUUUGCUGUGUACUCUGUGGCAUCAUGUUACUGUGUAAAUAAAUUCAUUUUAAUAUACAUUAAAAGCCA